AUGCUGAAAGAAGUGCGAGGGUGGUGCCGCGACGAUCCUUACUCAGUUAGUGUGUUUGAAGAUCGUCUGCAGUUUGUCAAGGAAACGAUCGAAGCGUCAGGCUACGAAGGAUACGAACCUCGCUGGGACAAAAGUAUAGCCGAGCUGCUCUUCCGCUUCGGUUGUUGUCUACAAGCAUUUCACACUGGGUGGGCCCAAGACCGGCGAUACGACACCAUUCGGGCGCUGCUAUCCGAGAUGAAGAGCCAGGAGCGCCGGUAA